CUGGGUAAAAUGGCGACUUCCGGUGAAAAUAUUUCGGAACAAGUUUUGAAGAUUUUAGCUUCCCAUCCGGCACUUGCACUAGAUACAAAAAGUAAAAAGGUGAAGUGCUCACUAUCUGGCCAUGAAAUGCCAUGCUCAUUGUCUGCCAUAUGUACAUAUACAGAUGGCAAGAAAUAUAAAAGAUUGCUCGCCAAACAGAACGUCCUAAUAGAGAAAUACAAACAGUUUAUACAGCCCAGUAAAAAGAAACAUCACGAGAAACAGCUAUUCUGUACACUGACCUUGAGACAUAUGAAUGACAAAGCAGAGCAUAUAGAGAAGCAUAUUAAUGGACGCCGCUUCAAGAAAGCCUUUGCCAGAUGGGAGGACUGUGAGAGAAGGGGAGUGAAAUUUGAGGCUAAUGUUGGACCACGUCGUCAAGUUGAUGAUAAUGAUGAAACAGAUGAAGAUAAUGCGAAAAUAUUCAAAGAUGACAUGAAAGAUCUCUUGCCACCUGAAGACUUCGUGUCAUCAGGUGAGAGUGAGAAUGAAUCUGAUGUUGAUGGUGAGGAGGGUUGCGAAGUCAUAAAGGACAAUGAUGUCACAGAUGAGAGUGAUGACAUGGAGGAUGAUCUCAUUGAGGACGAACAACCAAGUCCUAAACGACAAAAAACUCAGGUUGGAGGAGUUCAAAGUAAAAAGGCCAAGUUUACAAAAGCAAAGAAACCAACAAAAAGUAAACAAUUUAAACGUGGACUCAAAACCUGA